AUGGUUUGUGUGAAAGGACCAACUGUGUGCAGUGUUCCCAUGUCGUUGAUUGGACCAAUCAACGGUGGUGGUUGUAGUAGAACUGAAUUUUGGGGAUUUUCUGGUAGCACCAAAGCUAAACCUAAUUCACUUUCUUGCCAUAUUAAUAUGAGAAAGCUGUGCAAAGCUGUGAAUUGUAGUUUCAACUCAUCUUCUAAUGGUAGUGGUAGUAUGGCUGAGAGUUUUAAUCAAAAUCAUGAAGAUUAUGUUAACUCUACUAUUCUUGAAGCAGUUGAGGUUAAGAGUGGAGCUGAUGGGUUCAUAGUCAAAAUGAGGGAUGGUAGACACUUGAGAUGCGUUCAUAACAGCCCUCAUGGAGGACUUCUUCCGAAUUAUGCGCCACAUCCAGCAAUUGUGUUGAAGAUGGAAGAUGGGACUGGUCUACUUCUCCCUAUAAUUGUUUUGGAGAUGCCAAGUGUCUUGUUAAUGGCAGCUAUACGCAAUGUUCAAAUAGCUAGACCUACUUUAUAUCAAGUAGUGAACGAGAUGAUCGACAAGAUGGGUUAUGAAGUCAGAGCUGUGAGAGUUACUAAGAGGGUUCAGGAGGCAUAUUUUGCUCAGUUAUAUCUUUCCAAGGUUGGAAAUGAGUCGGAAUGUAUGAGCUUUGAUCUUCGACCUUCAGAUGCUAUAAACAUUGCCGUCAGAUGCAAGGUGCCUAUACAAGUCAACAAGUAUUUGGCAUACAGUGAUGGAAUGAGAGUUGUUGAAUCAGGCAAACUGUCACCACAGUCCCCUGGUUCAGAUGGCCCAUUAUUUACUGAACUGGACCGACCAAAUGGUAAGCCUUGUGUUGAAACCAAGGAGUUCAAUCUUUUGCACAACAUGUUGAAAGCGGUUGUAGAAGAGCGCUAUCAAGACGCUGCUUUGUGGAGGGACAGACUUAAUCAAUUCAGGGCAGAAAAGAAAGCAAAGAACAGAUCCUGGACACUCUAA